GUCACAAUUGUUAAGAGAGUAAAGUGUGAUUUUUAAUAGUUUGCUUCUGGAUCAUCAUCCCCACUUGUCUCCAUCAGUUCGCCGGUCUAGAACUCAUUGGCUUGUCUAUGCGGUCUCACGCCAACCAAAGCAAUUAUCGUACUAGUCAAAUUUGAGGUUGCCCCGCACAGAAGCGGGGAGGCCCGUGGCUAAAUUUCAGGUCUGUUAUGUGUGGGGUUCGUCCUAUUUCGUUACCCCAACACUCCAUAGCUUUAAAUCCACUAGUACUGUAUGGGGGGAUAACAUGCAUAUGGGCCUUACUCUGGCAAUUAUCAGAUUUGACUCCUAUCUUCUCUUCAUAUGUUCCGUCUCCAUCUUAGGUUUUAAGUUUUAUUGGACUCAUUCUUCCGUGAAUUACUUGCGAUCUUCUGAUUAAUUUUUGAAGGUUGAUCUUUCCGGGCGGGACUUCUCUUUUUCGAGAUAUUCAACUCUCAUAGACAUAUCAAGAAAACACAACAAUGGACCCGGGUGUACAAAACCAUGGUGUUCCAGCGACGGUCUCGGUCCAUGCGAUUUCUGCGGGCUCCUUGACUCUCCCCGAACGGUUCUUCGUUCAUCCAGCAGACCCGGAAGCUCGCAAAACUGUUCCCUCGUUAUCAUUUCUUAUCCAGCACAUGAAUCCAUCGACAAGUAAGAUAACGAGGAUAGUUUUUGACCUAGGCAUCCGGCGACAAAUAUCAGCCUACUCUCCCGAAAUCCAAGCACAUGCACAAACUCGUCAACCACUCACCACCGCCCCAGAUGUUAUCUCAUCGCUCGCUAAAGGAGGCCUAAAAGAAUCCGAUAUUGACUAUGUCCUCAUCAGUCAUGUGCACUGGGACCAUUUGGGCAUGCCGUCAGAUUUCAAGGCGUCGAAAUUUGGAGUAGGGGCCGGGGCAUUGGAUUUACUAUCGGGACGCACCAAAUUAACCAACGGGAGCCAUUCUUAUUUCGAGGCAGGAAUAUUACCACCAUCCAGAACUUUCGAACUGCCAGACCCCCUUCAAAACGAUUCGGAAAGCACGCCAAGUUACCCAAGACCAGAGAUGUUCUGUGAAGCCUGGAAGCCGUUUCAUGCUUUCCCUGAUACGAUGGACAUAUUUUCCGACGGAUCUUGUUAUGUAGUUUCAGCGCCAGGCCAUCUACCUGGACAUAUUAACAUGCUCUGUCGCAUAUCCUCACAUCCUUUGAAAUAUGUUUUACUCGCAGGAGACGCAUGUCAUGAUAUCCGUAUUUUGACUGGAGAGAGAGACAUUGCUACAUGGAGUGAUGAAAGACUUCCACAUGUCACCUGUUGUAUCCAUGCCAGUGUCCAGGAGGCAGAAAAAACUAUCGAGACCAUGAGGAAGGUUCAGAGAGAUGGGCUUGAUGGCGGAGAGGUGGAGAUUGUAUUUGCACAUGAUGUGGAUUGGGCAGCAAAGAGUUUAAAGGAGGGACGGUUCUGGCCUGGGCAUCUAUAGAAACGUUAUGUGGUUCUGUUUAACAUACAUGUGCCCUAAUGACAU